AUGAAAGAUGAAAGCCGUACAAUAACUCGAGUCAGGAGCUUGCGUUUGGAUAAGCGAUUUGAUUGGGUUGGGCCCCCGGAUGAGACAUCAAAAAUAAGACCAAUAAGGUUGCGGCGAUUGGCUGAUGAAACAGAGCAGGAGAGGAAGUAUCGUGAGGCGCGUGAAGCACUGAAUCAGUGGAGCUCACAGUUUUGGGCCUAUCACAAUAGCUUAUUCGAAAAAAAGAAAGCAGAAUUCAUUGAGCAGGUAUGA